ACCGAAUACAAGCAGGUAGAGGGAAAGCAGGUGCAAUCUCAGACUGGAACAGAAAAGUGUGACGAGGCCAGACAGAAAAACACACUACAGCCAUGGGAGCAGGAUCCUUGACAUGUUUGAUGUUUGUAGUUGUUGCUCUGAAUGCAAUCGCUGCUGCAGCAGGACUGGCAUUAUUCGCAGUGGCUAUUUGGGUAGCAGCAGAUGGGUAUAAGCUCUACCCCAUAUCUGGUGUGUCGGGAAAAGAUGACAUAUUUGCUGGGGCCUGGAUUGCCAUUUUUACAGGCUUUGCCUUCUUCCUCACAUGCAUCUUUGGCAUCUUUGCCGCCCUGAAAAGGAGCCGUGCACUCAUGCUGGUGUACCUUAUCAUAAUGUUCAUCAUCUUUCUGUUUGAAUGCGCAUCUGCCAUCACAGCAGCAACCAACCGGGAUUAUCUGGUUGGGAACAGUAACUUUGUAAAGAAACAGAUGCUGCAAUAUUAUGGGCAAGAGAGCACACAAGGAAAGCAGAUUACACAGACAUGGAACAGAGUGAUGGAACAGGUCGAGUGCUGUGGAGCAGACGGUCCACAAGACUGGAUAAUGUAUAACUCCACCUUGAAACAGAUGUAUCCUACAUACAACUGGCCCCUCAGCUGCUGCAAGAGACUGAGUACCUUUGAUUUGCAAGAUCCAGCAGACUGUAAGCUUGGCCGGACCGGCAUCCUAUUCACAAAGGGUUGCUUCAACUAUAUUGAAUCUGUGUUAAGCCAUUACACCUGGGCUGUGAGCUGGUACGGUUUCUCCGUUCUCAUAUUAGUGUUUUUCACAUUAGUGAUCGCUAUGAUCUACUUCAUGCAGCUGGAAUAACUACGGACUCCGCAUGAUACAUCUGCCAACUGAGCAGAUGUUUCCACUCUUGCUGUCACGGAACAAUACAGAUGAUUGCACAUUGCACAUGGAUAAUUGAUAUGACAAUUUCCAUCCAUUCUUGUAUAAUUAUCAUACAUUCAGUUUUAAUGGUGUCCUAUAAUUUGAUCUCCAAUUAGCACAAAAGGAAUGUCCCAGGUUCAGUACAAAUUAAUCUUGAUCAAAAGCAUUUAUGGUAUAAUUUACCGCUAGUGAGCAUGAUCUCAUUAUGUUAGGGAAGAAAAAAUUACAUGCCUAAGUAACUAAUUCAAGUAUAGCUUUCAUAUUACAUGUUGUAUUAUGGAUGUUUUUUUUCUGGGGUCAUUUUAAAUUUUUAUUAACAAUAUUUAUCAAAUAGGUUCUUCAAGUGAUUGUAUGAAUUUUCCUUUAUGCCACAGUCUACACUUGUAUUUCUUCUUACAUACAUAUUUAAUAUAAAAUUUGCUUUAAAAUGCCUAAAUACCAAUGAACAGGACAUUUGUUUUGUAAGAUUCGUUGCUGCACAUUUGUAUUUAAAACUUACUUGACAAUGUUUGUUUAUCAAAUAAACAUGUGAUUGUGCUGA